AAUGGCCGCCUCAUUAGACCUUAAUACACUGAACUGCAGACAGUGUAUCUUUAUUGGUGUGCGUGCCUAAACACAGGAUACAUGUGUUACACCAAGGUUAUUUUAGCUGCGGUAUAAAAGGUGACAAUCCAUCAAGCAUAAAAUGUCUGUUUUCCCGAAGAUCCUUUUUAAAAGAGAAGUAGAAGAUUAUCUGUGCAAUGUUUAUCACAAUAAGGAGCUUGUUGCUAGUUUGGGCCUAGAUGAAGUGGAAAGAAAAUUUGACCGUCUGCAGCGUUGUCUGUCGCACCCGCCAUCCUUUACCACCGUUAGGGUGAACACGCUGGUGACGUCAGUGGAAGCUGCCAAGCAACAGCUAAGCGAUGAAAUAAAAAAGCAAUUUCUAGGUGACGUUAUCCCAAUUCAUCAGCAUCCCAGACUCAACGACCUUCUAUUAAUUCCAGUUACUGGACCAAGGAGGGCACAGAAGCAGCAUUCCGUCCAAGUCAUCGUUGGAGCCCAGUGUGGAAAUGCUGUCCUCAGAGGAGCCCAUGUGUACGCAGCUGGGAUCCUGUCUGCCUCCAAAUGGAUGAAGACAGGUGACGAGGUGUCUGUGUUCUCCGACAUCGAAGGGAAAUGUAGACGGGGCGCAGUUGAGUUUGAUGGAGCUAAAGUUUUUUUAGGCAAUGGAAUAGCAGAACUGAGCCGCUCAGACAUCUUCUGUACAAACAGCCCUAUAAAGGGGAAAGGCAUCAGAAUGACAGAACCGGUAUACUCCAGUCCAUCCUUUGACAAUAUGCUGCCUGGAUAUAUAUUCUUGCAGAAUUUACCGUCUGCUGUUGUCAGCCAUGUUUUGAGCCCUCAGCCCGGGGAACGGGUGUUGGAUAUGUGUGCAGCUCCUGAAGGAAAGACCACUCACAUUGCGUCUCUUAUGAAUGACGAGGGAGAAGUCAUAGCUGUGGACAAGAUAGCCAACAAAGUGGAGAAAAUAAAGCAUAAUGCUUCACUGCUACAACUCAAAUGUAUCCAGGCCUACUGCUUCAACAGCACCAAGGCUGUGCUACGUGAGCCCAAGGGGCUGGAACCAGGUCUUGGCCCUCCAUUCUGUCCAGAGUCAUUUGACCGCAUUCUCUUGGAUGCUCCUUGUAGCGGGAUGGGGCUGAGGCCUAGUAUGGCUUGUCCACUAUCCCUAAAAGAACUCGCUUCUUAUCAGCCUCUGCAGCGCAAACUUUUAAGCACGGCAGUUGAGUUGUUGAAACCUGGAGGCACGCUGGUUUACAGCACAUGUACUAUAACUUUAGCUGAAAAUGAAGAACAGGUUGCCUGGGCUCUGAAGACGUUUCCCGGCCUCCAGCUUGAAGUACAGGAGCCACACAUAGGAGGAGAAGGUAUGCCCGGUGCUGGGUUGUCCUCGGACAGGUUGAAACUUCUACAGCGGUUUGAUCCAUCGGUUACGGAAAUACUUGACGUUGACGCAAACAAGUUAAAGUCGGAUGAGGACCUCGUGGCAGUCGCAAACUCUGACACCAUUGGCUUCUUCAUAGCCAAAUUUCUCAAAAAGUCCUGACCUACGUUUUUAUAUUUUGGCGACUGUGCGCAGAGGGAAGUGAUUCGAUCUUCAGGUGGCAGACUCAUCAGACUUGACUGUUUCCAUGACAACAAAUUAAUAUCUGUCACUAUGAAAGCAGACUGUGUGCCAGCUGUUCAUGUUGCAGCCAGCUACUGCGGCGACGAGUUAAAGUGUAACCCGGGGGAUUUCGGGAUGUGAUUUUAUUUUUUUUAUUUUUCAUUUCAUCAGCAUAUGCUGAUAAAUGCCAGCCAAUGAUUGUUCAAAAA